GCUCUAACUAUACUGCCAUGUCUAAGCCGAAUUCCACCACCAGUCUCCAGGUCGAAUCGAUUGUCUUUCCACCAUCCGCCAAACCUCCAGGCGCAACCAACACUUUGUUCCUCGGAGGCGCAGGUGUGAGAGGACUGGAUAUUGAUGGCAAUUUUGUGAAGUUUAGUGGUAUUGGUGUGUACUUGGAGUAUAAAGCUAUAUCUUCGCUUGCCGUUAAGUGGAAAGGCAAAAGCAUUGAAGAGUUGACGGAUUCUAUUGAGUUCUACAGGGACAUCGUUACUGGCCCCUUUGAAAAAUUUUCUCAGGUGACACUGAUACAAACAUUAACAGGUAAGCAAUUCUCAGAAAAGGUGGCGGAAAAUUGCGUAGCGAUUUGGAAGUCACAAGGGAGUUAUACAGAAGCAGAUGCCAAAACGAUUGACAAGUUUCUAGAGAUUUUCAAGGAUCAAAUCUUCCCACCAGGCUCCUCAAUUCUCUUUACAAUUUCACUUCUUGGAUCACUAACGAUCACUUUCUCGAAAGACGGUAGCAUCCCGGAAACUGGGGAUGUUGUCAUAGAGGAUGGAAAACUGGGAGAAGCAAUACUGGAGUCUCAGAUAGGGAAGCAUGGUGUAUCCCCAGCAACCAAAAAAAGUUUAGCAUCAAGACUCUACAAUCUCAUGAACCAGAAAGCAAAUGAUCAUUAAGUAAAACUGGUUUUAUGGAUGCAUGCAAUGCAACAUAGUAAAAUACAUACGUACGUAUAUGGUCUGCUAAAUCCAUCAACCAAUUAAUUAUGUAAUAAAUAAGGUUGAAUUUAUAUUGUGGCAAGAAACUUUUAUAGAUUUUAGGGUGUGUUUGGUUUCAAUGUAAAAGUAU